GCGCCUGCCUGCGCUGGCCAGGCUGAUGCUGUGAACGGAAGGGAGUAGGGCGGACACGCGCAGAAGUGACGCGCAUGUCAACGGCAGCAUCUAGCAUAGGUGUUUUCUCUCUGCCCAGCUGAUUAUCCGAGCCGGCUUCAUUAUUUCCCCACCUACCUAGCAAUAGGAAUCCAAAAUGACGACCGCCCCGUACAACUACUCCUACAUUUUUAAAUAUAUCAUCAUCGGGGAUAUGGGCGUGGGCAAGUCCUGCUUGCUACAUCAGUUCACAGAGAAGAAGUUCAUGGCGGACUGCCCUCACACCAUUGGUGUGGAGUUCGGCACGCGUAUCAUGGAGGUGAGUGGGCAGAAGGUCAAACUCCAGAUCUGGGACACGGCUGGACAGGAGCGCUUCAGAGCCGUCACCAGGAGCUACUACAGAGGAGCCGCAGGAGCGCUGAUGGUCUAUGACAUCACCAGGAGGAGCACGUAUAACCACCUGAGCAGCUGGCUGACGGAUGCUCGAAACCUCACCAACCCAAACACAGUCAUCAUCCUGAUUGGCAAUAAAGCGGAUCUGGAGGCGCAAAGGGACGUCACAUAUGAGGAGGCCAAGCAGUUUGCUGAGGAGAACGGUUUACUCUUCCUAGAAGCCAGUGCUAAGACUGGGGAGAAUGUGGAGGACGCGUUCCUGGAAGCUGCUAAGAAGAUCUACCAGAACAUCCAGGACGGCAGUCUGGACCUGAACGCGGCCGAGUCGGGCGUCCAGCACAAGCCCUCGGCACCACAGGGGGGGCGGCUGGGUAACGACACCCCCUCCCAGAAGGAGGGCUGCAGCUGCUAGGGACACACACACGCACUGGCCCUCACAAACAAGCGUCCUUUCACCCCCUCCACACACACACACACACACACAUGCACGCACACUCAGAAACACACACACACACGCACGCGCCACACACGUCCUAUCUGUCUGAAGUUCUAUGGGCGGCGCAAAGUCCUACAGACUUCUGAGGAUAUUGUUUUAUUCUUUUCUGGACCUCCAACCCCCAAUCUCUUUCUUUCUCUUACACACACACUGUCAGCAGGCUUCUCUCUCUCUCUCUCUCUGUGUGUGUGUGUGUGUGUGUGUGUGUGUGUGUGUGUGUGUGUGUGUCUCUGUGUAUGAGGGGGGUGUGCAUCAGAUGAACCUGGAGUCCUCAGUGUUGUUGGGGCAUGAGUGAUCAGUGUUGUUGGGGCAUGAGUGGCUUGUGUCUUUCCUUUUUAUUUGAGUUUUUUUUGUUUGUUUCCUCUUUUGUAAGACCUUUUGCUUAACUUAUUCUGGCGGUGAGGAUGGGGG